AUGUCACAAUUAGAUUUAGAUAAAUUAUUCGCUAAGAUCGAAGAAUUAAAACCCAAAUUCAUUGAAAGAUUAACUGACGCUGUUGCUAUUAAAUCAGUUUCAGGGGAUGAAAGUUUAAGACCAGAAGUGGUUAAGAUGUCGGACUUUUUGGUUAAAGAAUUAACUACUUUAGGUUUCAAAGACAUCGUUCAAAAACCUUUAGGUACCCAACCACCACCAGUCGUUAAUCCUGACAUUCAAUUACCACCAGUUGUUUUAGCUAGAUCAGGUUCUGAUCCUUCUAAAAAGACUGUAUUAAUUUAUGGACAUUAUGAUGUUCAACCUGCUUCAAUUGAAGAUGGUUGGAACACUGAUCCUUUUGUUUUAACUCACGAUAAAGUUAAAGAUAUCUUAUAUGGAAGAGGUUCAACUGAUGAUAAAGGUCCAGUUAUGGGUUGGUUGAAUGUUGUUGAAGCUCAUAAUGAAUUAGGUUUAGAAUUACCAGUUAACCUUGUUUGUUGUUUUGAAGGUAUGGAAGAAAGUGGUUCAUUAGGUUUAGAUGAUUUAAUUGCCAAAGAAGCUUCUGAUUACUUCAAAGGUGUUGAUACUGUUUGUAUUUCAGAUAACUAUUGGUUAGGUACUAAAAAACCAGUCUUGACUUAUGGUUUAAGAGGAGUUCAUUAUUAUGAAAUUGCUAUCAAAGGACCAGGUGCUGAUUUACAUUCAGGUGUUUUUGGUGGUAUGAUUGGUGAACCAAUGACUGAUUUAAUUAAAAUUAUGUCCUCAUUAGUUGAUUCUCAAGGUAAAAUCUUAAUCAAAGGUAUCGCUGAUAUGGUUGCUCCCUUAACUCCAGAAGAAGAUAAAUUAUAUGAUACCAUUGACUUCUCUAUUGAUGAAUUAAAUGCUGCCACUGGUUCCAAAACUUCUUUACAUGAUAACAAAAAAGAUGCUUUGAAACAUAGAUGGAGAUAUCCUUCAUUAUCAUUACAUGGUGUUGAAGGUGCUUUCUCAGGUGUUGGUGCUAAAACCGUUAUCCCAGCCAAAGUUAUUGGUAAAUUCUCAAUCAGAACUGUUCCAAAUAUUGAACCAGCUAAAUUAGACAAAAUUGUUAUUGAUCAUUGUAAUGAAGUUUUCAAAUCAUUAAACUCAGUCAACAGUAUUGAUGCUCAUUUAUUACAUGAUGGUAACUAUUGGGUAUCUGAUCCUUACAAUGAUUCAUUUGCUUCAGCUGCUAAAGCCACCAAACACGUUUGGGGAGUUGAACCUGAUUAUACCAGAGAAGGUGGCUCCAUCCCAAUCACUUUAACUUUUGAAAAUGAAUUAAAAACCGGUGUUUUAUUAUUACCAAUGGGUAGAGGUGAUGAUGGUGCUCACUCAAUCAAUGAAAAAUUAGACAUGUCUAAUUAUAUUAAUGGUUGUAAGACUUUAGGUGCUUAUUUACAUUAUUACUCUAAAGUUUAG